GUUUCAUCAGAGGGAGAAAGUGAAAUUGCGUAGGGAGCGUGGUGUGUUCCUAUUUCUAACCCGUGGGAGUGCACCAUUCAGAGUUCAGCUUUCCUCGACUGCAGAACUGUGAAUUUGUUCCUCGUCUGCUUUGAUAUUGUGGUUUAUUAUUAGCUUGCACAAAUCCCUUCAGAAUGUCUUUUGAACGCCGUCUGCCCCUUCUCCGCACGGAUUUCAGUGUGGUCGACAGGGAAUUCAGUUCCAUCAGAGAAAAGUUCGACCAAGAGAUGCGCCUCAUGGAGGAAGAGAUGAACCGAUUCCGAUCGCAGUUACUAGACCGCGAGGCACCCCCUCGAAUCCAGAGCCACACAACAUCGAGUGACGGCGCCACGCACAGAACAGAAGUGCGAACCUGGUUGGACGGCCUCAGUUCACCUCUCAUACAGGACUCCGAUGACGGGAAAAAAUUGCGACUCAGAUUUGAUGUCAGUCAAUAUCAGCCAGAAGAGAUUGUGGUGAAAACAGUAGACAAUAAGCUUCAGGUGCAAGCAAAGCAUGAAGAGAAGUCAGACACCAAAUCUGUUUAUCGUGAGUACAACAGAGAAUUCCUCCUCCCUAAAGGAACCAACCCAGAAAUGAUCAAAUCUUCUUUGUCAACAGAUGGAGUACUCACAGUUGAAGCGCCACUUCCAGCUCUGGAGGGAAUACAUAUGAUCCCAAUAGAAAACAAAUGAACACUCAAUCUUACUCAACAUUUAGAACAAUAUGUGGUCUAUAAAAUUCAUGGUGUAACCUCUCGAAUAAACAUUCAUGGUGUAAUUCUCUUUACUCUGUCGAGAAAUAUGUUUUUAUGAACAUUAAAGUUAAUUAUUUUUUUCAUAUUCCAGAAAAUUUCCCCCAAGAAGAAAUACACAAAUGUGCUGAAUGUAUUAUAUUUCUGAAAAAGCUAAUUUCAUAAUAUUCUUUAAUACUCCAACUAUUCUUAUCACUUUUACUUGUUGCAGUAAUAAAAGAAUUUAAUAUCAAA